AGUUCAUUUUAGUGAUUUGUAAGCUGUCCGUAACUUUUUGUUUGCAGUGGUUCUUAAGAAUGGACAACUAUUAUCUUGUACAAUCCGCAACGAAAUCCACAGUAAUCAAUCAUUUAAAUUAAAGCGCAGUUUAAAGCAGCAUAUGCUUAUCCACACAGGAGUGAAACGUUAUGUAUGCACCAAGUCAUUUAUGUGGAAGGGUAAUUUAAACUCACUUAUCCUUAUUCAAACUGAAGGGAAACCUUAUGUCUGUGAAGUAUGUAACAAAUCAUUUAACCGCAAAUAUGUAUUAAACCAACAUAUACUGCUUCACACAGGAGAGAAACCUUAUAUGUGUGAUAUGUGUAAAAAGUCAUUUACACAGAAAAGGAAUUUAAACAGACAUACGUUUAUUCACUCAGGACAGAAGCCUCAUCUGUGUAAUGUAUGUAAAAAAUCAUUUAGACAAAAGAAAGGUUUAAACAUGCAUAUGCUUGUUCACGUAGAAGGAGACAAACCUUAUGUAUGUGAAAUAUGUAGCAAAUCAUUUAGAUUUAAAUCUCGGUUAAACCAGCAUAUGCUUAUCCAUACUGGAGUGAAGCUUCAUGGUUGUGAUAUAUGCAAUAAAUCAUUUAGACAAAAGAAUCACUUAAACAACCAUAUGCUUAUCCAUACUGGAGUGAAGCCUCAUGUUUGUUGUAUAUGCAAUACAUCAUUUAGACAAAAAGAUCAAUUAAAGAAACAUCUCUUAAUUCACACAGGAGAAAAGCCUUAUGUGUGUGAUGUAUGCAACAAGUCAUUUAGGUUUAAAGGUGGUUUAAAUAUGCAUACUGUUAUUCACACAGAAGAGAAAACUUAUGUGUGCGAAGUAUGUAAUAAAUCAUUUAAGUUGAAACCUCAAUUAAACCGGCAUAUGCUUAUCCAUACUGGAGAGAAGCCUUAUGUUUGUGAUAUAUGCAAUAAAUCAUUUAGACAAAAGGUUCGAUUAAUCGAGCAUAUGUUUAUCCAUACUGGAGUGAAGCCUCAUGUUUGUGAUGUGUGUAAUAAAUCAUUUACAGGAAAAUUUCAGUUAAACAAGCAUAUACUUAUUCACACACGAGAGAAACUUGCGUGUGAGGUUUAGCGGCUGUGACUGAUGAAGCAGUAAUAGUGAAGAACUUCAAGAAAACUAACUAGGCUAUUUAAUGCAUAUGAUGAUUCUAAAGAUCACUACAUGUGGGCAGGCAGUCACAGUGGUGAUGAAUAUAAUGGCAAUGACUCACAAGCUGUAGCAGAUGACAGACAGCAGUUCCAAAAACAUUAAAUGAUGUGCAGUCUAAAGAGUGAGAAAUGGACGACAACAAACAGCAAGCAAGAUUCAAGAUACAGGGAAAUAGAAAGGAAAAGAUACUGCAAUUUAAUAUCACUGCGUAUUCUUACUGGAAUGCUUCUUUUAAAUAAAUAAUAUUAUGGUAGUUACCAGCAGUUUAUUCAUGAACAGUUUGCAUUUAUUAUGUUCUUAUUGUAACUGCAUCUUUCCAAAAUUUAAUUAUUUGCAUAUUUUUUCUCUCUUGGUUUUCAAAUAAUAAAAUUAGUUAGAAAAGGAGGAAUACACAAAUAAAUGCAGUAUACCUGUACAAGUAAAACUGCUUGGCAUGUCUUAUCCCAUAACGAAAAAGUACUUGUCUUUUCUUUUCACGUUAUAUAGAACAAUAAGACCUUACAGUAACAUUUCAAGCAGUAAAACAUUGAAAACUGGCAGUUCUACACAGAUUUAAACCCAUCAUCCUACAGAAGUCAUUAUCAUGGACAAUCCUGUUCAAGAAACACUUCAGUGUGUAAGCAAAUUUCUAAUUCUACUGUGUAUGCUAAAGCUUGGUAAUGGUUCAAAGAAAAUUGCUCAUACAGUUGACCAGAAAAAAAAAAAAGAGUAGAAUUUAAAUUUUAUGUAGCUUAAUAUUAUUGAUACAUGAAAACAGUCCAUCCAAGAGUUUCUGUAUUUAUUUACAUUAUGACAAUAAAUACCUUAUUAAUUCAGGAAAA